UGUGCGAAGAAUCGAGUAGAGUCUGCGUCGUUCGUUUCGUUCAGUCACGCACGUCACAUCAGUUAGGCAGCUCAGUUGAGUAGUGAUCUCGAUAGCCGACGAACCGUACGCACGGCGCACACGUGCCACUCGCGCCCAUCCCUUCUCCGCACCGCACUUCCCGAGCGAUUUCGCCGCUCGCUCGGUGACGCCACCGUACGUCGCUACUCCACCGACACCGCUUGUGCUCGGUGUCGUUCCGUACGGAGCUUUGCUAUAUCAUACUAUAUUAUGUAAUACGAAAAUAAACAGCUCAAAGCAACCACGUGUGCGCGCCGGCCGGCUUACAUACAAAUUCGUUAAAAAAAUAUCGUCAUUCACGCUUCGAAAUAAGCCACCAGUCUUAAAAGACCAUUCCAAUUUUAACCAGUAUUUAAAAAUCGUUAUUACCGCGGUAAAGGAAACCAUAAAAAAGUGAAAAUGUCUAAUUCUGUGGAACAACAAUUUAGCGAGCUUAGUUUGUCACAAGAGGACCAUGAUCAAUAUGAACCAGAAGAUCACCAAGACCAAAGCCGGUCAUCAAAAGUUCUCAUCAGUGGGCUACCUCUACAUAUCCGCUUCGACAACAUCGAACCGCUGCUCUCACAGUAUGGCAACGUACAACACUGCGACAAAGCCAACUCGCGCGAUGCCAACACCCAAGCGGUGUUCAUCACUUUCGAGACUCCGGAGCAGGCGCAGCAAGCCAUCAAUGGUUUGAAUGGAUGCGAGUUAGAGGGCAGUCGGAUGAAGGUAGAGGCAGCUGAGCAAAACACCCGUGGCGUCAGGCGCGGACGCCCUGGUGGCGGCCGCGGCGGCGGCGGUGCCACCGGUGGCGGCUCGCGACCCACCGACUUCCCAUUGCGGCUCCUCGUCCAGAGCGACAUGGUCGGCGCCAUCAUCGGCCGCCAGGGCAGCACCAUCCGCCUCAUUACACAACAGAGCCGUGCACGCGUUGAUGUCCACCGCAAGGACAACGUUGGUUCUCUUGAGAAAGCUAUUACCAUAUAUGGUAAUCCUGAGAACUGCACUAAUGCAUGCAAAAGAAUAUUGGAAGUCAUGCAACAGGAAGCCAACAACACCAACAAGGGUGAGAUUAGCCUCAAAAUUUUGGCUCACAAUAACCUAAUCGGCCGUAUUAUUGGCAAAGGCGGUAACACUAUUAAAAGAAUCAUGCAAGAAACUGAUACGAAGAUUACCGUCUCCUCCAUCAAUGAUAUCAACAGUUUCAAUUUGGAGCGCAUCAUCACAGUUAAGGGCACUAUUGAAAAUAUGGCUAAAGCGGAAUCGCAGAUUUCAGCCAAGCUUCGCCAGAGCUACGAAAGUGAUUUGCAGAUGCUGGCACCGCAAAGCAUUAUGUUCCCAGGGCUGCACCCCAUGGCCAUGAUGUCCACCGGACGUGGAUUCUGCGGCGCUCCUCCACCAUUCCCGCCUCCAAUAUACGCUCCUCUGCCGGGCCAGGGCGGGGCACAGCAGGGAGCUGGCGACUCACAGGAAACAACUUACUUGUACAUCCCAAACAAUGCCGUGGGCGCCAUCAUCGGUACGAAGGGCCUGCACAUUCGUAACAUCAUAAGAUUCAGCAACGCAUCUGUGAAGAUAGCUCCUCUGGAGCAAGACAAGCAAGGCGAGAACCAAAGCAAUCCCCAACAGGAGCGUAAGGUCACCAUUGUUGGCAGCCCUGAGGCUCAAUGGAAGGCUCAGUAUCUCAUCUUCGAGAAGAUGCGAGAAGAAGGUUUCAUGUCAGGCUCUGAUGACGUGCGGCUUACAGUGGAGAUAGUGGUGGCUUCAUCCCAGGUCGGCCGUAUCAUCGGCAAAGGCGGGCAAAACGUACGGGAGCUGCAACGCGUAACAGGAUCGCUAAUUAAGCUUCCCGAACAACCACAGCAGCAGCAGGGCGGCGGGCAGCAACAGGAUCACGAUACAACAGUGCAUAUCGUCGGCCCCUUCUACAGCGUGCAGUCGGCGCAGCGACGCAUUCGUGCAAUGGUUGCGCAGGCGAGCGCACCGGGCCGCCGCCGCGCUGCCCAACCGCCGCCUCCCGUGCAGCAGUAAACUGCCUCCCACAUGUUCGAGAUCCCCGCGCGCCCUCAAGCACCUCUUCACCCUCAAGCCCUCGCAACACCCCGUCAGCUCGGGCAGCCUAGGCCGCCUGCGGUCGCAGUCACCCAAUGCUAGCGUCGUCGCAAUGAUGCGCUCCAUCCACUAAACUGGCUUCAUAUAUGCACAUAAGUGUUACACAAAGGAUAGACGCUGUCGUAAGUAACGCUUCACUUGAAUUUAGUGCAGGCAGGCUGUCGAGUUGACAAUAUAGUGUCCAAAUGUUGUUGUUGACAUAAUUCUAUUAUUGUAGUGUAAAUCUAUUGAUAAAUCCAUAUUUUAUUCCGGGAAUUAUCUAUGUUGAUGAUUGAAUUUGAAUAUAUAUUAUACAUAUAUAAUAUUAUUCAUAUACACUAUUUUUUAAAUAAUAAUGUGAUUGUUAUGUUUUCAUACCAUGUUAUUCUGCUACAUUGUAAAGAGUUGUCAUAGAUUGCAAUAGUUAGAUUAUGUUCUGUAUACUGUUUACAAAUGUUAAUAACAAUAUCUAUAAUAAUAAUAAUAUCACGCCGUUCUCUAUACAAACUUGAAGUGCAAAUAAUGUUUUUGUUAUAAAAUAAUAGUCUAAUCUGUUAAUCACCGUACUAUACUGUUAAAUGUAAUUUUUAAAGGGUGUGUGGGAAAACCUAACUAUGAACGGAAAUUACACGACGUUGCUUUAAAGAGGAGGCUCAUUGGAUAAACGGCUUUGCAAAGUAUAUUGUAAGAAUAUUUCUUGAAACGAUACACGGAGUUUCUGCAUGCUGCUGAGAUUGUGUCGUACAAUGGUUUCUAUUGAACUGAUGUGAGUGUUGGGUGAUAAGUAACUAAUCCAAAGAGUGAACGCCGAUCGUGUGUCGAAUCGGUCUGACGUAGUAACGAGCCUUGACUUGACUAAGCGCGGCAUGGCCGGGAAACGCCCCGCGAUUCGCUAGCGUCCCGCGCCUGGCGUCUGCGCCACCGCUCCUAUCGUCUAUGAUAUGGAGGCGAUGAUCUACCUAAUAUGAUGGACAAAUAUUUUUGAUAUAAUAGUAAUUGUUGGAGAGUAAGGAGUAAACUUAUGAGUUUUAAUUUGUAAGUAACAUUUGUUGAUCGUUUUCUUUGUAAUUUUGUCUUUGUUAGCUUUAUAGUGUUUUCUUGUAUUGAAAAUGUAAUACAGAGGUUUGGACAUUGAACGAUACCGUAGCGUUUAAUGGUGCGAGUGUUAACGUCGCGUCCGUCGUAUUGUUCGGUUCUAUCGUGAUAUGUUUUAUUAUUCAAUUGUACGAUUUGCGUUAUCAUUGUGCCAAGUGAGAUAAUUUAAACUAUGAGAGAUUAAGAUUAAGUGAAUAAUAUCAAAAUUAAUGAAAAGCUUAGAUAUUUAUAUGUAUAAUGUGAUAAUAUAUGGAAGUUUUGGCAAAAAUGUCACUAAGAAUGUACUACAUUCUUAUUUCCAUUUUCUCAUUUUUUAGGUUAGAUUAUAAUAAAUUAUAAAUUGUAAGUCGUGAGGAGUUGGUGUAGGCUGAGCCACGAUCGGUUGUCGCGUGUGCUCCUCACCUACUCCACUCCUCGCCAGCUGAUGUCCCGAUACUUCAACACUUGUCUCUAAAAACAUCUGGUUACGUCUAUUCCGUGUCCCAAAUGCAUCAAAAUAAUUUUCAAUUCAUUAAUGUUGGAUGGCGUAAUAAUAUUCUUGUUUGCACUUAUUGUUUUAGUGCUGAAUGUAAAGGGUACAAUAUGCAUGCUUACUUCAUACUUAUGUUACCCCAGACGGAUUACCUAAUAAUUGAAAUGUGAUACUUAAAUAAAGUUAAAGGUACUGGUUUGUAACGACGACGAUCUAAUUCAUGUCUUACCUUCUCCUAUUCCAUUAUAAUUAAAAUCAGUUACUAUUAUUAGGUAAUUAAUCUAGUAACAUAUGUAUUUUACUGUCAGAAUUUAGCUGAAUUGUUUUCAGCUAUUUCAUCUUCCGAUAGUAUAUUGACAAUCCAUUCAUAUUUACAUUGAUUUGAUGAUUAUAGUAACUGUAACUACAUAUACAUACCGGUAAAUUCAUAUUGCGUAGAUUAGUCAGUUCGCUAUCGGAAGAUAAGUCUUUUUUUAUUUGUCUUCAUAUCAGUAAUGGUUUUGUACUGAUGAUUACGUGAUUGUGAUCAACUGUUUUGCGAAUCAGUACAACCUUAUUAUAAUGUAGUAAUUUAGUAAUCUUGAUUUGUUUGAUGUUUGAAUUGAAUAAAUUUUUUGUGGUAAAUAUUAAAAUUUUCUGACAAGACCCUGCUACACAUUUGGUGAUAGUAAAACAUAUUUCUUUGCAAUUUUGUAUUGCUUCCACAUAUUAUUAUUAAAAAAAUAAUCUCACAUUUGGCAAAUAACUCCUUAUAUAGACAGACGAAAAACAACGUGCUAUAGGUGCUUAAUAUUCAACGAUAAACUUAAGAUACCAGUUUAAAGGUACGAGCCGUGAGCCGUGAAUAAAAACAAUUGUCGCCGUUAUAAUUUUAUGAUUUACGUACUUGAUAUAAUAAAUAGUUCACAAAGCUAUAGUUAAUCUAUGUAGAAGAAUGAUAUAUGCUGCCAUGUUACAUAAAUGUAAAUAAGCCUCCAUAAAUAAGUCACUGUUAAUUAUUGAAGCAGAGUUUGUUGUUAUAUUUCACUUAUACACAUUAUAUUUACAAUACAUAUUUAAGAAAAAGUAAACUAAUCGUAAAUUUAUAACGGCUUAUUUUUAAUAUGACAAAUCCGUCUAUUAUGAUUAACGGUACACUAUGUAGUACGAGAAUAGUACCCGCAAGAGUUUUAAGUACGUGAGUUCCUUUACACGCUACGGAUAAGUAAUGUUUGUUCUGUGGAGAACAAACGUUAAACAAUAUGUAAAUAACUUAUGACAUAGAAAACGGACUUCAUUUUUACAAACAUAUCAGGAAGAAUAACUGCCUAUGAUCAGAGAGCAGUGAGAGUCCACUUACUGACAUACAUGCCGAGACUUACUAUUGGUGUUGCGGAACGCGAUUGCGACGCAACCAAUGCGAAUGGUUUAUUGUUCGGCCAUAAUUUAACAAAAUGAAUGGUUUAGUGAUUAAAUGUCGUGCGAUGGGCAGCUUACUCGUCGCUAACUUUGUUACUCUCCACAAUACCUGUAUCACUUAAACUUAAUGCCAGGAAUUAGUGUGUAAAGUACCAAUUGAUACUAUUAUUACAAUACCUUAUGAGUUUUCUAGGGCUCUGAAUUUAUAAAAACUGAAUAUGAAUGUUUGAUACUAGAAGUGAACGAUUUUUACGCUAUGGCGUAUCGUCAGGAUGAUAAGUCCUUAAUAUAAUCGGCAAAUAAUUUUACAUUCCAUAUUUCACGAAAUAACACCUAUUGCUGAAAGAUCGACCACCUGCAAUUGCGUAUUUUAGAGAAUUUACUAAAUUAUAAUAUAAUUUCGCAUUGAAUGUUAUUACUUAUAUACGGUACGAGUGAAAAAUAUAUGUGUAGAUGUAUGCAAGCUAAUUAUUGUUUCGCUAAAGAAAAUUGUAUGCAUUAUCGAUAUUUGAAUGUCUUGAAUUAAUGUUAGAAUUCAUAUUGGUGUAACAUUUCCACUCGUUAGUAGAUUAACAAUAUUUUUUCUUGACAAGAAAGAAAUUGGCUUGUAUUAUGUGUUCAAUAUCGGUCGACUACCUGAGUAUUUGGUCGAUCGACUAUUGUUCGACACACAGACAGCCAGAUUCCGCUUGCAUCGGCUAUCAGAAUGGAAUAUAAUAUACGGUUACUUUCACUGCGACAGGAAGAGUGUACAUAUAGGCAUGUUGUUUAUUCCUUCCAAAUGAAAGCAAGAGAGGGUACAUUAUGAUUUGUAAUGUUAGGAUGCAGAAAUAGUUUUAGUUGAUUAUUAUUGUAUCGUUGCGAAGUAGUUUAAGUUGAUGUAGGCGCGGGUGGCGCGCGGCCACGAGACUGAACUACACCCCUGCCGUCGCGCCCUCGCGCCCAUUACUUACAUAUUGUCAUUGUCGCUAUUAUCAUUCUUGUUUGAUGGUUCUACUGUUAUUUACAUUACAUUAUAAUUCUUUCUCGUGUGUGUAACAACUAUUUUGUGUAUUUACGUGUGAAAGGAUCGAUUUCAUUUUAUGGAAACCUCGAGCGCACAUUGCAUUUUUUUUUUCAAUUACUUGUUAAUUUUAUUUAGUGGGGAAAUGGAGCACUCCUUCUGUUGUUCGUAUGUUACAUCCCCUCCAGUGUAUGCUAUUGAAGUUUACCGAGUCUAUAGUAAUAGUGUUUAUGUAUGUCGUAUGUAUUUAUGUACCUUGCUGGAGCAUGUAUAUCAGUGUGUAGUGUGGUCGCGUGGCGGCCGGGCGGGUGUAGGAACACGUCGUACCGGGCUGGUGGCGGUACCGCCCGGCCAGACUCGUUUCGUGUCGUCGCGUCUCGUCCCGCCCGCCAUGUGAUAAAUAUUAUUAUUAUAAAAUAAAAUAACGGGCGUACAUACGCGAUCUCAUGAGGCGGGACCCACAGCAUGCGAUAUUUUUGUUUAGAAUAGGGAAGCUGUUGUUGUUGCUUCUCAAAUGAAUGUAUCAAGGUCCAAUAUUCAUUGAUUGAUAUAUUGUUUUUUUUUUUCACUACUCUUGCAGGAUAAAUUGACAUACAUAGUCCAACCGCAUUUUCUUUAAAUUACUGUUAUUUUUAGAACCAUUUUAUAAUUGGUAUAAGUUCUGAAACUAAUAACUACCUCAAUAUUACUAAAUGAAUAUGAUAAUUAUCUUUGUGCAUGUUUUUGGGAACUGAAUUUAAAAGAAAUACGAAAAUUCAAUAUAGUAUAAGAUUGCUAUUUUAAACAUAGUAACAGAAAGUUGUCAAAAUUAGGUUUCUUAACGUAAUAAAACUGGUGAAAUUUGAAA